GAAAGAUAUAUUAGUAAUGAGAACAAAGAUCCGAACAAACGAACACAAACAUAACAGGUAAAGAUGAAUUUGAUCGUUGUUAUGUUUUCUUGGUCGAAAUCCUUUAUGUUAUGAAUUACUUUGAUUUAUUAGCCAUAGCAGCGAGGGGUGUGCGGUUGGAAGUUGCUCAGAGAUGAUUGUUGAAAGAGUUUCAUCGUCUAAGCACAGCGUAUGAAUUCGUAAAUUAAACAGAUAUGUGCUAUGAAUUCGUAAGUUGAACAGAUAAGGGUGGUCUGAAAAGUACUGGAUGAGACGAGAUAGACGAGAUGGAAUGAAAAUUAUUUCCAGAUAUCUCCUAAAACGAUUCAUGAGAGAUGACACUCACGUAACUGUGUAAAGUGGAUAUUGGAAGUUAGAGACGAUAAAUUUGGCAGAUGGUGAUUACAAAGGUGGGACGCGAAUAAUGUUGGUGAAAAAAUGGCUCAUUUUCUGUAGAUCCAGCAUCAAAGUUUCAACCAUAAAGACAAAAUUAUAAAAAAUUGAAAAAAAUGGCAUAUUUGGCAGGGAGGAGUGGCGAAACGAGUAGAAGUGAACUCGGUACCGAGAGGUACUGUAAAGGACAGCUGUGUGUUUUCUCGAGAUGCUUCGAGUUGAGAGUUUUUCCUUGUGGCUCUGGUCUUUUAUUUUUUAUUUUUUGGGGGCCUUGUAAGCUGCAUUAAUUUAAAAAGACAUAAAAAACCGCCAAGUCUUUAGUUAUUUUACUUUAAAGAGGGGGAUGCUUCCCACCGUAGAAAUCUAGAACGUUUGGCCCUUUGGGUAUCUUGACGAGGUGGGUAUGGCGGUCUGCAGUCCAUUGCCAUACACUUGAGUUUUGGCCCUUUAAUUUGUUCAUUUGGUAGCUUUUUUUUUUUUAUUGAUGGGCACUACCCCACAAACCGCAAUUGUAUCUUCUUAAAUAUCUUUUCAGCCUGUAACGGUGUCAGAUAAUCAGAAAAAGGAAAGGAUAGAAAAAAGUGCGUUGGACUUUGAUCUGAGAUAUGCAUUAUUUAAUUUUAUGUCUACAACUGUUAAGUACCUAUUAGAUAUCAUAAUAUCUUUGGAAUGUCAGGCAAGGUCACAGGCUAUGUAGGCCUGUGAAGUCUGGAACAUACGGAGAAAGACAGAGAAAUGACUUUUUGUUUACGGGUCUUUAUUACCAUAGCCUAAAAGGUGUUUUCUUUUUAGACUCUAGUCCAAAAGGCCUGAGCUUUGAUGAGUUCUUUUUGUUACGUCCUUCGUACUCUGAAGGAAUUCAUGUCAAUGACAGCUACGCUAUACUAUUUGGCUUUUAUUGGGUUUUGAAUCACAUCCUUGGUACUAGGAGUAAUUUCAUCAGUAGGUCGUUGUGAUUGAUCAAAGUUGUCUGCCUUGCCGCUGCAUUAUGCAUGGUAUUUGAAUGGUUCUUUUCUCUCUUUUUUAUCUUUCCAUUUGAAGUCUCGAACUUCCCUUCGGCUAUUCUCAUCUUUCCAGCUUCUGCAUGAAGUGAAGAGAGUAAAUAGUGAAGUGGUUGGCGGUUGAACAGGGAAGGGCGGAGGAAGGUUGAGCUUGUCGGAAGGAGUAGACAAUGGCAUCGGCUUCUUGUGCCAGGAGUCCAUUGCCCAUGAAAGAAGCAUCCUCUAACUAUUGUCCUUACCCUCAACCUCUUGCAAAAUAUGACGAUGUUGCAGCCAGUCCUAAGCUCUUCGUGGAUACUUUGGAGAAACUUCAUGCUUCUAUGGGGACUAAGUUCAUGAUUCCAAUCAUUGGAGGUAAAGAGCUAGAUUUGCAUCGACUUUUCGUGGAGGUAACUUCUCGUGGGGGUAUUGAAAGGAUUAUUAGGGAGAGAAGAUGGAAAGAAGUGACUGCUGUUUUCAACUUUCCUUCAACGGCUACAAAUGCGUCUUUUGUGCUGCGGAAGUACUAUAUUUCAUUACUUCACCACUAUGAGCAAAUAUAUUUUUUUAAGGCUCGGGGAUGGAUCCCUAUGUCUAAUGAUUGUUUGAUGAGCCCACCCAUAACUCCAGUUCCAGCAUCAAGAACAGAUUCCUUGCAGCCAACACCAGAAAUCCAAGCAGGAAAAAGAAUAAAUACUGCAGAAUUGGCAGGAGCAACAGUAGCUUCAACUGUGGUAGGGGUCAUCGAUGGGAAAUUCGAAAGUGGGUACCUUGUUACUGUCACAAUAGGUUCAAAGAAGCUUAAAGGUGUGCUUUAUCACGCACCACAGAACACAGUGCAGAAAUUGCCACAGAACUAUGGUGUCUUUGCUAGCAAAACUGACAGUGCUACUGCAGUACCGGGAACACAUCGACGCCGCCGCAGGAAGAAAUGUGAAAUAAAGAGGAGGGACCCGGCUCAUCCAAAACCUAACAGAAGUGGCUAUAAUUUCUUCUUUGCAGAGCAGCACGCAAGACUGAAACCGCUGCAUCCAGGGAAGGACAGAGAGAUUAGUAGAAUGAUUGGUGAACUGUGGAACAAGUUAAAAGAGUCUGAAAAGGCUGUUUAUCAGGAGAAAGCUUUUAAAGAUAAAGAAAGAUAUAGGUCAGAAAUGGAGGAAUACAAGGAGAGAUUAAGAACUGAUCAAGUCAUCAGUGAUGCGGUGCCACUGCAACAGCGGCUUCCUGGACAAGAUGUGGUAAAUACAGUGGAUGAAGAUGCAGAGAUCGAAGAUAAUGAGGAAGGGGAGUCUCCUCAGACACCUGACAAUGCGAGCUCAGAUAACUGACUCUGAAGGUGAUAAAGCGGAUAUAUCUCUAGAAGUAAGAGUAGGUGCUGAAUCUAGUAAUGUGCAUAUGGAGACUUUACCCGAGGAGAGGAUUUUGAACUACACAAGAUGUUUUGAGAAGGUUGGUGAAGACAUCGUUGGAUUCUGAGGCUUAAAAAGAAACGGAGUACCGAGUGAAGAACAUUGAAGUAGUUCCACGCAAGUUUUGAAUGACUUUCGUAUCCAAGUGGUAAAAAACUUAGGCUAUACAAUAUCCGAGACUCCUGCUACCUAACAAAGAUUGAAGUCCUUUUUCUACCCAAAAUAGGUUUUUAUCCAGUUUGCUUUUCCUUAACCGUAGAUGAAUUCAGAAAUGGUAACUCAAAAACUCUUUUAACUUUCAUCCCUUUUUACAGUGUUAGUUGCUAGUAAAUUGUGUCAACUCAGUUACUUGCGGAUAGAGAGAGUUUGAGGCUUUAGCUGACCACACAGGCAGUUUUGUAGCAAAUGAGAAUUUUGAUGCAGUUCUUGAUCUAAAUAUUUGGGUUGUCUUCCAGUUCUGAAA